GAUGUUUGCCUGAUUUUUUUUCAACACGGAACGAAUAUAUUAGAUGUCCUUGAGAUUUAAUACUAACACACAACUUCGUUCAUGCAAGCUUACAGUCCUGCUGACUUUGCAGAUAUUUAUUUGUGAAUUCCAUACGAUUUUCGUUAUAUAGAGUGAUUUUCCCGAGACAAUCAUUGUCUGGAGAUCAACAUAAUAACGUCUAAUUAUGGAUAAGCUGAAAUCUAUGGCUUCAGAGGCAGGGACGUUUAUCAAUCGGACAGUCCAGUACACAGAGGAAAAGCUUGGCAAUGCAGAGAAGACAGAGUUAGAUGCUCGCUUUGAGAACUUACUCCAGAGAGCAGACCGAACUCGACAAUGGACAGAAGCGAUCCUGGCCAAAAUGGGAGCUGUACUAGAACCAAACCCAAAUUCCAGGCUAGAGGACUAUGUCAACACGAAGCUAGACCGCCGCACAAGAGACAGAGAGAGCAAUAGUGAGCAGUUUGGAAGUGCAAUGAUCGAUGCAGGGAAUGAGCUUGGCCCAGGAACACAGUAUGGUGCAACACUGAUCCAGGUCGGACAGAGCCAGAGAAAGAUUGGUCAGAUCCAGAGAGAGUACAUACAGUCAUCGCUAUCAAACUACAUAGUACCACUCAGAACCUUCCUAGAUGGCGAUAUGAAAACCAUCACGAAAGAGCGAAAGAUUCUGGAAAAUGUCCGGCUGGACCUUGAUGCCGCCAAAGGGAAGGUCAGAAAGGCUCGAUCUGCUGAAGCCUCCAAAACACCUAACCAUGAAGAAAUGAUUAAAGCUGCUGAAGCUGAUCUCCGCAAGGCCCAGGCAGAUUUUGACCGACAGUAUGAGAUAACAACAUUGCUUCUCGAAGGGAUCACUAGUGCACAUUCAACUCACUUGGAACGUUUGAAGGACUUUGUUGAGGCUGAGCAGACAUACUAUGCUCAGUGUAGCCAAACCAUGGCUGAGCUGCAGCAGCAACUUGGAAACAUACCGGGUUCAAUGGGUGGUAUCAGGCCGCCACGCCCUGCCUCGGGCCCCCCUCAGGGUGUGGCUACCACCACGCCCAUGCCCACAGCCCCACCCCUCGAUACGAUGCUCCCAGAGGAUAAGUCGCGGCCGCAGAAAGGGGUCCGGAAAGCCAAAGUCCUUUACGAUUACGAUGCGGCCGAUGAUUCUGAACUAUCACUUCUUGCCGAUGAGGUCAUAAAUGUCUACAGCAUGCCUGGCAUGGAUCCUGACUGGAUGGUUGGAGAGAGGGGUUCGCAGAGGGGGAGGGUGCCGCUCACGUACAUAGAAGUUCUGUAGUCAUCAUAUUCAAUGGGACGGGAUGGGUUAAGUAUAGUCAAGGAUGUUCAACCUUACACAAAAAGCUACCCUAAAAAGUCUCAAAUGUUGAAUCUUAAUGUUUUCAGCCCUGUUGAUAAUGUUGUGAACAUAUCUGUACCCCAGGGGGCUACUCGAAUUAUAACAUACCUAUGUGUCACACCUAAGUCGAAAAUAGGGGGCUCUGGAACUAAAUAUUGGUCUUUAAAAUGGGGUCUCCGGAACGGCCCUUGAAUCAAUAAUUGCUAAAAAUGCAUUGCUCUGGAACUGAGCACAUCAAAAAUGGGGCCCUCUGGAACUCAUAUGACUCCUCGUCUAUCGAGUUCACCGUCACGACCGGCUGAGUAGUUCAUGAUGGGCGCACACUGGAGUGAGAAACCAUAAAUUUGAGGGUCUCUGGAACAGGGAAAAAUAGGAAUUUCUAUAUGGCUUUCUGAAUUGGUGAUGCUUUGGAACAGAAAUUUAGGCUGAAAAUGGAGAUCUCGACCGAGGCACAUACCUGUCAUACAUUUAUGCUAAGUAGCCCUCCGGGGUCUGUACCAGCGUAGGAAAUAAGAGGAUACAAAAUGGAUUAAAAAUUAAGAAUUAUAAUUGUAUUAAUAUUUCUACUGAUACGAGAAAAGCUACUGAGAAUCAUAUUUAUCUUGCCAUAUGGAAUUCAUUCUUAAAAUUCAUUCAUAAGUUCACAAAAAGCUAUAUGAAACAUAUUUCCCCUAUCAAAAUGUGCUGAUGCAAAAAAAAAGAAUUGAUAAUUUACAUAGCAAUAUUUACACUAAUGCUAUUUGAUUAAGUAUGAAUUACAUUUAGCUUUCCAUAUGGUAGUCAUUCUUAGAAUUCAUUCGUUAACUUCACAAACAACUUUAUGAAACACUUACUUGCCUCCCCUCAGAAUACAAAGACGCAAAUUAGGUACAAAAGUGAGAAUUUUAAAUUCUACUGAUGCAAUUAAUAUCUUUGAUAUUGAAAAUCACAUUUUCAGCUUGUUGUGGCAAGUAACUGUCAGUGAUUUU